AGGAUUUUUAAGCUCAUCGAUGUUGUGGCCCUGGUCUUUCCAUCUAUCUCUGGCUCAUCUUAUCUCCCCGGUAGCUGUAACCGAGAUUAUUGAACUCCUUCGGUUAUCUUAUCAUGGGAAACAAGCCUGCGAAGCAAGAACAACGAGAACAGAUUCUCUUGAAAAUUGUGCCACCAUUGGACCAAGCUUAUGUACGAUGGCUUGCAAGGGAUAUACAGAGGAUUCGUGGUUUUACACCAAGAAACCCUCGUGCAGUGAAACCCCCGGAUGAGUACAUUGAGUACAUGCGCUUGAAUGGUUGGUUGGAUGUAGACUUGGAUGAUCCAGAUCUGGCCCAUUUGUUCAAGUAGAGAGGAAUAGUUUGCCAUAUCAUAAGCUUAUAAACUAAACUUGGAAUUGGAAGGUAAGUUGAAGGGAUACACUAGCUAUGUGAAUUAUAUUACUGUUGUUAAUUGCUUGUAACAAUUUAUGUUUACAAGACGGACAAGAUCCUGAAUAAAAGUUCUUUCAUCAUUGAACUCUUUG